CCUCAACACUAGUGGCUUAUGGAUUACAGAGACUUUUGUGAUUAAUGGCAUUCUCUUAAAUGUUUCUCAAAUUUGAUGCAUUAGCUUUUUAAAUAAUAAGCACAAUUUGACAUGUGCAUGCCCUAUAAAUUUGCUGGUCCUUCCUACCAAAAGUUGCACUUGCACAUGCACAUGCUGACAUCUUGAAGUUUGCUUCCAAUCACAUCUUGGUGUAAUAUACAUUUCUGUCUUCAGGUGGUUCACUUUUUCUUUUUGAUCGGAAAGGAAGGGAACAUUUUAGUUUUAUCCAAGAGAUUGAAGGAGGAAGUCCAUAUUCCCAAGUAUCUGUAGAACAUGUGCUCGAUUCUGAUAUUCUUGGUUCUAUGUCUUCCGGUUCUCAUCCAAAUAAUAGCGGAGUACUUUCAGAAAAUAUAGAUAAAAUGUGGGUGAGUAGCGCAGCGGCAUUGGAAACUGAAAAUGCUCAAUCAGGUGAAUCUUUUCUGAGCUUCAAUAUGUCUAGUUACAGCAAAUCCCUAACUUCUGAUGGUAUUUGUGAUAAUGCUGAUUUAAGUAGUUAUGCUCCACAUUGGUGGAUUGGGGAUUGCUGUGGCAAGUGGCAACUACCAUUGUUCUAGGAAUAGUUCCUGCACACACACAUGUGCGUGUAUCUAUACAUGGUCGUAAAAUAAUCCUAUGAAAUUAGUGUCUGUUCAAGAACUCUAUAUAAUUUCCUUUUCUGCUUGUUAAUUUUAAAUCAUUUUCAUAUUUAUCAUGCUAGUCUUAUCUGGUCUGCUGCAGAUAUUGAGCAGGCAAUCCUAGAUUCACAACAUCGGUGGCUAUGCCCAGCUGAAAUAUGUGUAAUUCUUCGAAAUUAUACGAAAUUUCAUUUAUCCUCAGAACCUCCAAACACACCACCCAGUAUGAUUUCCCCCUUAAAUUUCCAUCUGGCGCAAUUUGUUUGUUCUACAUAUUGUUCUCAUAACAUCAAAAAUUUGCAUUGGACAUGAACCUCAACCUUGUUUUUGUGUAGCAGAGCCAGUACAUGUAUUAUUGUAGAUGAUUAGAAUACCGACUAUUGUUCCUAUUUCUUACCGAUGUUUGGAAUUACUGCUUCUUUUCUUGUUAUUUUUUGAGUUCCCAGGCUCUGGAAAAAAUCUGUUAUGUUUUU